AUGGCACUGGGUCUCUUCUGGGCGUCGGUGUGCCUGACAAUUUUCGUGUUGAUACUCUCGCUCGACAUCAUGGGCUUCCUCUCAGGGAAGAAUCACUUCGACGUGGAUGGCAGGGCUGUAGUCAUCACUGGUGGCUCGCAAGGUAUGGGCCGAGGACUUGGGAAGCUGCUGGCGCAGAAAGGUGCGAACGUAGUUAUUGUGGCUCGAAACCAGCAAAAGCUGGAGGAUGCGUUGAAGUACAUAUCUUCUGCCGCCAGGAACCCACAGUCCCAGCGCUUCCAUGCCAUCAGCGCAGACGUGACAAAGCACAACGAGAAUGUUCGCAUCCUCGCUGAAGUCUCAGCAUGGAACAACGGCAACCCGCCCGACAUCGUCUGGGCAAACGCUGGCUCAUCGCAUCCUACGCUCUUCAUUGAUACUAACAUCGAGACGCUGAAAGACCAGAUGGACAUCAACUACUGGGCAGCAACCUAUCUCGCCCACGCUACCUUGAAAGCGUGGCUAAAGCCGUCGAAAUCUGAGACCAUAGACGUGAAGAACGCAAAGCAUGCAAAGCCAAGACAUUUCAUCAUGACUUCUUCGACGCUAUGCUUCGCCGGAGUUGCAGGUUACGCGCCAUACAGUCCUGCUAAGUCCGCGCUCCGUUCGCUGGCAGACACUCUCCGGAGCGAGCUGAAUCUGUACAAUGGAUACCGGCGAACUCAUCCUGAGGAAGGCCCAGCAACGGAUGUUCGAAUCCACUGCGUCGUCCCAGGCACCAUCAAAUCACCGGGCCUGGAACAUGAAAACAGCAUGAAACACCCUGUCACUAAGCUUCUCGAAGAAGGAGAUCCAGCGCAAACAGAGGAUGAAGUGGCUGUCGCUGCCGUGCGAGGGCUGGAGAAGGGUGGUUUCUUGAUUACCACGCAAUUUCUGGGUCACGCCAUGAGGGCUGGCGCAUUGGGUGGCAGUCCUAGAAACAACUGGCUUGUCGACACUGCGUUUGCUUGGGUGGUGAACCUUGCGUGGUUGUUUAUCGGUCCUGACCUGGAGGGUAAGGUGUUUAAGCACGGUCAAAAGCAUCGGGUUCAGUUGCCAUCAUGA